CCGUGGUCUCUAAUAGUCUCCAACAGUCUUCAAUGAGUGGCUGUGGUUAACUCACAGUACGUAUGUAUAUGCAUAUGUAACAUAGCAGGGAUUAUUUGAAGAAGUGUAAAUAACCUGUAAACUAUCUAUCGCGUGCUUGGUCGUUGAUUGUUCAAAAAAUUAAUUUAAAGCAAUGGCACAGGGGAAAUUAAAAGUGAAAGCAAAACCUCCACCAUCUGGAAAGAAUAAAGCAAACAAAAGCAAAAAGGGUGCUGCAGUUCAACGUCGUGGAAAUGCACCUAUUCAAUCUAAAAAAACCAAAUUUCAAGAGGCACAUAAGUUGAAGAAGGCUAUCACGAAGACAGUAAAUAAAACUAUGGAAGAUGAAUUGAGGAAAAGAGCUCUCGGAGGAAAGCAGUCUCUUACAAAAAAAGAAUCUGCAACUACGUCGAAGAAAAAGUAACCUGACAAUGGUGAAAAUGAUGUUAAUAAAUUGUAAGUUUAUUUCUGAUGACUGUAUAUAUAUGACUGUGUAGGAAUUAGAUUAAAGGUCUCGUCGGAGUAAGAAAUAUGUUUACCUAUAA